AUGGAACGUACAAGGGUUGAUGAAGUCUCAGUUUAUAUGGAAGAGAGAGGAGCAGGCGAAACUCAUUCCUUAAGGUUGGAGAACAAUCUUUCUGAGGAAAUCGAUACAGCGAGGGUUACGAAUUAUCAAUCGUCAACCGUGCCUGCCAUUCAUUUUCUGGCUGCUUCGAAACAGAAACAGAAAAGAUGUGAGUGGAGUAGAAAGGAACGAAGCAGAACAGUAAUGGAGCAAAAUGGAAUAAAGGAGGGUUGGAAGCGGACAGACGAGUUCGAUUUGUAUGGUUUCGAUGACCUAGAAAGAAACAGUUACUUGGCUGAGCACUUUCGAUUCUCCUCCUCCAUUUCAUUAUUAGUGCUUUUUGGAGCUGUUGUCACUAACUGA